AUGGCAGCAAAAGGGCAUCUUUCUACUCCAGUAGUGUGGCUGCUUUUCCUCUCCAUUCAGGUCUCCCUUGGUGCUGAUGAAUUGAGGCUGUCAAAUGGAACUGGUCCCUGCUCUGGGAGAGUGGAAGUAAAACAUGAGGAGCAGUGGGGAACUGUGUGUGAUGGUGACUGGACCAUAGAAGAUGCUGAGGUUGUUUGUAAGCAAUUACGAUGCGGAUCUGCUGUUCAGGCCCUUAAUCGAGCUCCUUUUGGAGAAGGAUCUGGACCAACAUGGUUGUAUCGAGUUGAUUGCCAUGGUGAUGAAUCCACCCUCUGGAACUGCUCACAUACAGGAUGGGGUGUUUUUACCUGCCCUCAUUACUUUGAUACUGGCGUAAUCUGCUCAGGUUUCUCUGGGCUGCGUCUGACUGGAGGGGACACUGCCUGCUCAGGAGAUCUGAAAGUAAAGCAAGACGAAACUUGGGCUACAGUCUGUUUUUCACACAUCGAUUUCAAAACUGCCUCUGUUAUAUGUAAUGAGUUAGACUGUGGCCAGGCUGUGGAUAUCUUGAGAGGAACUCACUUUGGAGACAGACAUGAACUGAUCUGGCAAGAAGAGUUUCACUGUGUAGGGAAUGAGACUCACCUUGCACACUGUCCCAGGAUGCUGCACCAUAGUAAGACAUGCUCUCAUGAUGCCACUGUUGUAUGUUCAGGGUAUGGUGGGUACAGACUAGCAAAUGGCAGUACCACAUGUUCAGGGAGAGUAGAGCUUCUUCAUGGAGGCACAUGGGGAACCCUGUGUGACUACCUGUGGGAUUUACCAGCUGCCAAUGCCCUCUGCCAGCAGCUGGACUGUGGAGUUGCCCUACUGAUACCAGAUGGACUGUUCUUCGGGAAAGGAAAUGGAUCUGUCUGGAACGGUACAUUCAGCUGCAAGAACAAUGGCUCAAGCCUGAGAGACUGUCCUGUGAGUGUGCUAGGUCAUGAUAAAUGCCCUGCUGGAAAAGACGCUCGUGUGGUAUGUUCAGGGUGCCCAGGAAGCAGGUUGGUGAAUGGCACCACAUGCUCUGGCAGAGUGGAGAUCCGCCAUGGAGACACAUGGGGAAGACUCUGCCGCUCCCACUGGAGUUUGCAAGCCGCCAGUGUUCUCUGUCAUCAGCUGAACUGUGGCUAUGCAAAGUCAAUCCAGACAGGAGGCCGUUUUGUGGACGGGAAUGGGCCUGUAUGGAGAGAUGCUUUUCACUGCAAAGGGACAGAGUCCUGCCUGUGGGAUUGUGCUCAAGUGACUUUGGGCAAUCCAGCCUGUUCAGCCAGAGAAGCAGCCACUGUUAUUUGCUCAGGUCUUGCUGAAUCACUCAGACUGUCAGGUGGUGAGAGCCGCUGUGAUGGGCGAGUUGAGAUCUCACUCCAUGGCAUGUGGAGCAGAGUCCUGGAUGAUGAUUGGGACAUUAAGGAUGCUCAUGUGGUAUGCAGACAGCUCCAGUGUGGAAUUGCCAAGAAAGCCUAUUACCUCCCAAGGUCUGAGCGAGGCAUAGGUGUUAUUGGCUUAAGGAGUGUCCAGUGUACUGGAAAUGAGACUCAGCUGAUGCUCUGUAAGACUUGCCAUUCUCAGACAGUACCAAAUGAAGUUGCUGAAGACGUUGGUGUGAUUUGCUCAGGUAGCAGACAGAUCAGGCUGGUGAAUGGAUCAAGGCGCUGUGCUGGGAGAGUAGAGCUUUAUCAUGAUGGCAUUUGGGGCACCAUCUGUGAUGAUAACUGGGAUCUAUCAGAUGCUAAUAUUGUUUGCAAACAGCUGGGAUGUGGACAUGCCAUCAGGGCAUUUGUCUCUGCUCAUUAUGGUGAAGGCUCAGGACAGAUCUGGCUGGAUGAUGUGAACUGCACUGGGGCUGAAUCUGAUCUCUGGACAUGUCCCUCUAGGGCAUGGGGCCAGCACAACUGCCAACAUAAAGAAGAUGCUGGAGUGCUGUGCUCAGAGUUCCUUGAUCUGAAGCUGGUGGAUGGCAAUGACUGUGCUGGGCGGCUAGAAGUUUUCUACAAUGGGACAUGGGGGAGCAUUUGCUCCAAUCGUAUGUCUCAGCUUGCUGCAAUAACCGUAUGCAAACACCUGAACUGCGGGGAUGGUGGGGAAAUUGGAAGACACUUCAAAUAUGGCAGAGGUUCUGGGCCCACAUGGCUGGACCACAUUGAGUGCACUGAGCAGCAUAGCUCUCUCUGGCAAUGUCAGUCAGACCCCUGGAAUCCUCAGUCAUGUGACAACCGAGCAGAGGAGACCCAUAUUUCUUGCACAGGAAGAAAAGAGGCAACAUCUCCAGCCACAUACGCUGAGUGUCCAAAUUCUACAAGUUGUUCAGACAGGGAGAAGUUACGAGUCAUAGGAGGAGAAGAUGAAUGUUCAGGCAGAGUGGAGAUUUGGCACCAAGGUUCUUGGGGAACAGUCUGUGACGAUUCCUGGGACAUGGCAGAUGCUAAUGUUGUAUGCAGGCAGCUGGGUUGUGGAUCUGCUGUGUCUGCUCUGAGUGAAGCUGCCUUCGGGGAAGGGACUGGUCCAAUCUGGUUGGAGAAGGUGCACUGUAAAGGAACAGAGCUGUCUCUUUGGGACUGUCCUGCCAAGCCCUUGUUUGGCAAAAACUGUGAUCAUAAGGAAGAUGCUGCUGUGCAUUGCUCAGGUGUGACAGAAACAACAGCAUCACCCACUAGAGCAGAUCCUCCCCGCCACCCUGUUCCAGACACUAUGAGAAUUUCAACACCUGUCAUCCUCUGCAUUAUCCUGGGGGCCCUUCUAUGCCUGGUCCUUGCCAUUCUUGCUGGACAGAUACGAAGGGCCAGGGCACAGCAGAGAGGUGGACUAUCCUAUGACCCCUCCUCUGAGGCCGUCUAUGAAGAGAUCGACUAUAACCUGAUGAGGGAAAAGCAGGAUAUGGCUGGCCUCUCAGAGAGUUCAAAAACAAAGGCACAGUUUUAUAGCGGGGACAGUGAUGAAGAAAAUGGUCCUGGAGAUACUCAAGAGGUCUCUCCACUGCCUGGAAAUACCCUGGAAGAUGGUUAUGAUGAUGUGACAGAAGCUCCUGGACCUAAAGAUGCUUCUCUUUCUGAGCAGAAUGAACAGGAAAUCAUUGGAAUCCCUGAAGAAAGUGACAGAAACAAGGAUUCACUGACAGGUGAGGCCAGAAGAGCAGUGCUGUUAGUUUUCAUAAUUUAUGAACUGAGUACUGAACUCAGGGAAAAUCAAGGUCGAGGGUACCUCAAGAGACCAGCUAGAUUCUACCUAACCACUGUCAGGAAGGCACACUACCUGCCUACACACAGAGUGUAG